ACUCCAGCUCGCCUCAUUCUUGUGCCCCGAGCGGAGUUUCACUCCUCUCUGCAGCUUCAUCUCCGCAGGUUCAGUCACCACUGCAAGACCAGCUGAAAAUAUGGCCACCAGGGUUGCCGUGGUAACAGGAAGUAACAAGGGUAUAGGUCUGGCCAUCGUCCGAGCGCUCUGCAAGCAGUACCAAGGAAUCGUGUACCUCACGGCCAGAGAUAAAGGUCGUGGUGAGGAAGCCGUGGCGGCUCUGGCCUCAGAGGGACUGAAGGCCAUGUUUCACCAGCUGGACAUCAACGAGCUGGACAGCAUCACCACCGCUGCAGCUUACUUUAAAGACAAGUAUGGUGGAGUGGACGUCCUCGUCAAUAAUGCUGGGAUAGCAUUCAAAGGGGCAGACCCGGCUCCAUUUGCAGUCCAGGCGGAGGUGACCCUCAAGACAAACUUCUUCGCCACCAGAGACAUGUUGACUCACUUCCUGCCGAUCAUCAAAGCUGGAGGCCGCGUGGUGAACGUCUCCAGCUUCGUCGGCUCCAGGGCUUUGAACAGCUGCAGCCCGGCCCUCCAGCAGCGUUUCCGCAGCGAGGACAUCACCGAGGAGGAGCUGGUGGCACUGAUGCAGCGAUUCGUCGAUGAGGCCAAGAAGGGAGAGCACAAGCAGGGCGGCUGGCCGGAUACAGCGUAUGGAACGUCCAAGACGGGAGUGACGACCCUGUCCAUGAUCCUGGCUCGUCGCCUGUCCAAGGAGAGACCGAAUGACGGGAUCCUGCUGAACGCCUGCUGUCCAGGCUGGGUGCGCACCGACAUGGCCGGUCCGAAAGCCCCCAAGUCACCAGACGAGGGCGCUGAAACUCCGGUCUACCUGGCGCUGCUGCCGCCCGGAGCCACUGAACCGCACGGAAAGUUUGUCUCUGAAAAGGAAGUUCAGCCGUGGUGAAAGGGUUAGAGGGAGUGUGUGAGUGUGAGAGAGAAAAGAAGAGUAAACUGCCAAAAGGUCUAAACUUCCAUAUAAACUUUUUAUUUUAUUUUAUUUUUUUCAGAAAAAAAAGGUUCACCAUUUGAAAAUGUUACACAAACAUCAAUGUGGAAAGACUAUUACAACAUUUUUUAUUAAGGUAACACAUGAGAUUAAAUCCAACACAUUAUGACUUUAUACUUUAUAAGUUUCAGUUAAACUGGUCAAAAGUUGAUGCACAUGAAACCAAACUUACUCUUAAUUAAUCCAGGUAACACUGACGAGGUGUGUGUGUGUGUGUGUGUGUGUGUGUGUGUGUGUGUGUGUGUGUGUGUGUUUGCUGGGUUUCUCUGCAGCAAUAAUCACUCAUGAAUCUGGAGGUGCUGGCUAAUCGCUGGUGUUUUUGAUAAAACUCCAUUUUUACCUUGCCUUCAGUUGUAUAACAUUUUUUAUAUAACUUACAUGGAAAAGAGAAAACUCGCCUUAACUGGAUGGAACUUAAAUGACAAUAAAAAUGAUUUUCUGUCAAAAAAUGCUUUUCUACAAUGCUUUUGUGUCAAAAACAAUAAAUGAACUUCAAAA